CUGAAGGGCGGGGGUUGGGGGGCGCUGAGGCGGGAGCUGUGGCGGCGCUGGGCGCCCCAAGCUCCUGAACCUCAGCGGAGGGCCAUGGGCUCCGAAAAGGACUCCGAGUCGCCGCGCUCCACAUCCCUACACGCGGCCGCGCCCGACCCCAAGUGCCGCAGCAGCAGCAGCGGCAGCGGCCGGCGCCGGCGCCUCACCUUCCACAGCGUCUUCUCCGCCUCGGCCCGGGCUCGCCGCGCUCGUACCAAACCUCAGGCCGAGCCUCCGCCCCCGGCCGUUCCACCCCCGCCGACCCCGGCUCCGACCGCGGCCCAGGCCCCUCCGCCCGACCUUCUGCCAUCCGAACCAGCUGCCCAAGAGGCCGAGGUGGAGGCCGUGGCGGCGGCCGCGGGGCUCGGGUUGGAAGAUGAGGAGGCGGCGGAGGGCGACGGCCCCGGAGCCGAGGAGGUGGAAUGCCCGCUGUGCCUGGUACGGCUGCCGCCCGACAGGGCCCCGCGUCUCCUCAGCUGCCCGCAUCGCUCGUGCCGGGACUGCCUCCGCCACUACCUGCGCCUGGAGAUCAGCGAGAGCCGGGUACCCAUCAGCUGCCCCGAGUGCAGCGAGCGACUCAACCCGCACGACAUCCGCCUGCUGCUCGCCGACCCGCCGCUCAUGCACAAGUACGAGGAGUUCAUGCUGCGCCGAUACCUGGCCUCCGACCCGGACUGCCGCUGGUGUCCAGCCCCGGACUGCGGUUAUGCUGUUAUUGCUUAUGGUUGUGCCAGCUGUCCAAAGCUAACCUGUGAGAGGGAAGGCUGCCAGACUGAGUUUUGCUACCACUGCAAACAGAUAUGGCACCCAAAUCAGACCUGCGAUAUGGCUCGUCAGCAGAGGGCACAAACUUUACGAGUUCGGACCAAGCACACUUCAGGUCUCAGUUAUGGACAAGAAUCUGGACCAGCAGAUGACAUCAAGCCAUGCCCACGAUGCAGUGCUUACAUUAUCAAAAUGAAUGAUGGAAGCUGUAAUCACAUGACCUGUGCAGUGUGUGGCUGUGAAUUCUGCUGGCUUUGCAUGAAAGAAAUCUCAGACUUGCAUUACCUCAGCCCCUCUGGCUGUACAUUUUGGGGCAAGAAGCCAUGGAGUCGUAAGAAGAAAAUUCUUUGGCAGCUGGGCACUUUGAUCGGUGCUCCAGUGGGGAUUUCUCUCAUUGCUGGCAUUGCCAUCCCUGCCAUGGUCAUUGGCAUUCCUGUUUACGUUGGAAGAAAGAUUCACAGCAGGUAUGAGGGAAGGAAAACCUCCAAACACAAGAGGAAUUUGGCCAUCACAGGAGGAGUGACUUUGUCAGUCAUCGCAUCCCCAGUGAUUGCUGCUGUUAGCGUUGGUAUUGGUGUCCCCAUUAUGCUGGCAUAUGUCUAUGGGGUUGUGCCCAUUUCUCUCUGUCGUGGAGGUGGCUGUGGAGUUAGCACAGCCAAUGGAAAGGGAGUCAAAAUUGAGUUUGAUGAAGAUGAUGGUCCAAUCACAGUGGCAGAUGCCUGGCGAGCCCUCAAGAAUCCCAGCAUUGGGGAAAGCAGUAUUGAAGGCUUGACUAGUGUGUUAAGCACCAGUGGAAGCCCUACAGAUGGACUCAGUGUUGUGCAAGGCCCUUAUAGUGAAACAGCCAGUUUUGCAGCCCUCUCAGGAGGCACAUUGAGUGGUGGUAUCCUUUCCAGCGGCAAGGGAAAAUACAGCAGGUUAGAAGUCCAAGCCGAUGUCCAAAAGGAAAUUUUCCCCAAAGACACAGCCAGUCUUGGUGCAAUUAGUGACAACGCAAGCACUCGUGCUAUGGCCGGUUCCAUAAUCAGUUCCUACAACCCACAGGACAGGGAAUGCAACAAUAUGGAAAUCCAAGUGGACAUUGAAGCCAAACCAAGCCACUACCAGCUGGUGAGUGGAAGCAGCACAGAGGACUCACUCCAUGUCCAUGCACAGAUGGCAGAGAAUGAAGAAGGUAGUGGUGGUGGUGGUGGCAGUGGAGGUGGCACUGGCAGUGAAGAGGAACCUCCCUGCAGACACCAAAGCUGUGAACAGAAAGACUGCCUGGCCAGCAAAGCUUGGGACAUCAGCCUGGCCCAGCCUGAGAGCAUCCGCAGUGACCUGGAGAGCUCUGACACGCAGUCAGAUGACGUGCCAGAUAUCACCUCAGAUGAGUGUGGCUCCCCCCGCUCCCAUACUGCAGCCUGCCCCUCCACCCCUAGAGCCCAAGGUGCACCGAGCCCAAGUGCCCAUGUGACCCCCUCUGCCCCCACGGAGGGACAGACUGUCUUGAGGCCAGAAGGUGCAGAAGCCAGAGUGUGAAGUGGAAUGAGCGCUCCUGUUCUGAGAAGCACACCUGUAACUGCAUCUUUUGGAAUCUCUUUUUUUUUUUUUUUGGAGAAGGGUGGGGGGGAGAGGAUGGGAAUUUAUGUAUUUUAUUUCAAAGAUUUUCUGGUCAGGGUUCCCCAGGGAAAUUCUGAGAAAUUUGCAAUUUCUUACCAGAUAAAACAUGAAAAUUUGCCCUCAGUCUCCCUCCCCUUACCCCUUCACUUUUAGUUUUAAUUUAUUGGUCAAACUGAUGUUGGCAAUCUGUGAGGUGUGUCAAAGAAUGUACAUAUGUAUGUGUGUAUAUUGUAUGUAUGCUAACAUAUUGAUGGACACAUUUUAAUAAAGAUUUCUGUUGUAAUUCA